AUGGACUCCGCACUGGAUGGCAUCUCCCACGGGGACAAGGAGCUGUGCUCGGAGACGCUCAGGGUCGAGAGCAAGUUGUUCUAUCUUGACUUGAAGGAGAACACGAGGGGAUGCUAUUUAAAGGUCUCCGAGAAGGGGAACAACAGGGAGCGCUCGACGAUCAUAGUCCCCUCCAGCGGCAUACCCUGGUUCGUAGAGCUGUUCCACUAUUACGCUGGCGGCACCAACGAGAACGGGACCCUCGUCAAUAAGGAGCUGCCCAUCGAGAACAAGGUGUUCUUCUUCGACGUGGGGGAGAAUCCUCGCGGCAAGUUCCUGCGGGUGUCUGAGAGCGGAGCCGGCCCCAGGGGACGGAGCUCGCUGAUCAUACCCUCAGGCGGGGCCGGCCUCACCGGCUGGUCAUCAUUCCGCGACACCCUUUCCAGGAUCCUUGCCGCCGAGGGCCAGCUGUCCGGGCAGGUGGCCCCGCCCAUCGACCACCCCACCUUCCAGGACCAGGUGUCCGUCGCUGGAAGCCAGAAGGUCGUGGGCCCGGGACCCUCCCCCCCCGCGCUGGUGUCUGCCGAGAAUGGUUCCCAGAUUCUGCGAGUUGGGCAGAAGAGGUUCUUCCUCGACCCGGGUGCGAACCACCGCGGACAGUUUGUGCGCAUUACAGAGGCCAUAGGCCCAGACCGCAACUCGAUCAUCAUUCCUUGCCAGGCCCUGCCCGAGUUUCAAGAGGCUGUGCGCCUGUGCUUUGAGGGCCUCAAGCUGUCCCUCCAGGAUAUGCCCGUUGGGGGAGCAGUAAUGCCUGCCGCAGGGCUUCCCCUGCAGCACGAAAGUGGAAUUGCCGGAGUGCCCAACAGUAUGCCCAGCGGACUGCACCAGUCGUCUCCCAGCGGGCUGCAGGCUUGA